ACAGUCACUGCAACCUCACUGCUUCUCCUUUCGGACGGUAGGGUUUUUGGUUCCUCUCUCUCUCUCUCUCUCUCUCUCUCUCAACAGUCACUCUUCACUGCUCCAAAACCCCAAUCGAAGCAACCACUCGAUCCCACUCUCAAUGGAAAACUAGCAGCUUCGCGGGCCCUGCAUUUCCCGGAGUCUUCCCGUCGUCCCGCGAAAAUGGUGGAGAAGCCCAAUCAGGUCAACGCCGGCUCCAAAUCCGGCAGCCCCACCAUGCAGGCGACCUCCAAGCCCACAGAUCUGCUCUCCCAACACUUCUCGAUCCGAUCCCUCAAGCUCAAGACCAAGCAGCAGGAGCUCCUCAUCCGCGUCACCAUCCUAUGCCUCGUCUACGUACUCGCCUUCAUCACCCGCCUCUUCAGCGUCCUCCGCUACGAGUCCAUGAUCCACGAGUUUGAUCCCUACUUCAAUUACCGGACCACGCUGUUCCUCACCCAGAAGGGGUUCUACGAGUUCUGGAACUGGUUCGAUAGCGAGAGCUGGUACCCGCUCGGACGGAUCAUUGGCGGCACUCUCUACCCUGGCCUCAUGGUCACCGCCGCAUUGAUUUACUGGACCAUGAAUGUCCUCCGAUUCGCUGUCCACAUUCGCGAAGUCUGCGUCUUGACUGCUCCGUUCUUCGCGUCUAACACUACCCUGGUCGCGUAUUUCUUCGGGAAGGAAAUUUGGGACACCGGGGCGGGACUCGUUGCUGCAGCACUUAUUGCUAUCUGCCCGGGUUAUAUAUCGCGAUCAGUCGCGGGGUCUUAUGAUAACGAGGGUGUCGCGAUUUUUGCCCUCCUGUUCACAUUUUACCUGUUUGUUAAGGCUGUUAAUACGGGUUCGCUCGCAUGGUCUUUGGCCUCGGCAUUCGGGUACUUCUACAUGGUGUCCGCUUGGGGUGGAUAUGUGUUUAUUAUCAACCUGAUCCCUCUUUAUGUGUUGGUGCUGUUGAUCACUGGGAGGUACUCGAUGAGACUGUAUGUGGCGUACAACUGUAUGUAUGUGCUGGGAAUGCUGCUUGCUAUGCAAAUUCGGUUUGUUGGGUUUCAGCAUGUACAGUCCGGGGAGCAUAUGGCUGCGAUGGGUGUUUUCUUCUUGUUGCAGGUGUUUUACUUCCUUGAUUGGGUUAAGCACCAGCUGAAUGACACAAGAUUGUUCCAAGCUUUCUUGAGGAUUACUGUAUCCACAGCAGUUGUUGUAGGUGCUAUUGCUAUCGGAGUUGGGACAGCAUCUGGGUAUAUCUCUCCAUGGACAGGCCGUUUUUACUCUCUGCUCGAUCCGACCUACGCAAAAGACCAUAUCCCUAUCAUUGCCUCUGUCUCAGAGCAUCAGCCAACAGCAUGGUCAUCAUUCAUGUUUGACUUUCAUAUUCUGCUUUUGCUCUUCCCAGCUGGUCUCUAUUUCUGCUUUAAGCGGCUCUCUGAUGCCACAAUAUUCAUAGUCAUGUAUGGUCUCACAAGCAUGUAUUUUGCUGGUGUUAUGGUUCGUCUGAUUCUCGUUGCUACUCCCGCCGUCUGCUUGAUAAGCGCUAUUGCUGUUUCUGCAACCAUCAAGAACUUAACUCAAGUGUUAAGGGCAAAGCCCAAGGUUGCCCAAACUGGCUCUAGCAGAGGAGGAUCCAGUGGGAAGGCAUCUUCUAAGGGUUCACUCGAUCAAUCCCAGCCCAUCAGUAAGAACGGUGCAAUAGCAUUGCUAUUUGGUGCCUUUUACCUUCUGAGUAGGUAUGCCAUCCACUGUACAUGGGUCACUUCUGAGGCAUACUCCUCUCCCUCGAUUGUUUUGGCUGCUAGAGGUGCACAUGGGAACAGGGUCAUCUUUGAUGAUUAUCGCGAGGCUUACUUUUGGCUUCGGCAGAAUACUCCUCCCGAUGCUAAGGUGAUGUCAUGGUGGGACUAUGGGUACCAGAUAACUGCCAUGGGAAACAGAACUGUGAUUGUUGAUAAUAACACAUGGAACAAUACUCAUAUUGCUACUGUCGGACGUGCCAUGUCAUCUUAUGAGGAUGAAGCAUAUGAGAUAAUGAGAUCACUUGAUGUGGACUAUGUAUUGGUUGUUUUCGGUGGUGUCACUGGUUAUUCUUCCGAUGACAUUAACAAAUUUCUAUGGAUGGUGAGGAUUGGUGGGGGAAUUUUUCCUGUGAUCAAGGAACCGGACUACCUUGUUAAUGGUGAGUAUCGUGUUGACAAAGGUGCAGCUCCCAAGAUGUUAAACUGUCUCAUGUACAAGUUAUCUUACUACCGAUUUGGGGAGCUGACAACAGAAUAUGGCAAACCUCCUGGGUAUGAUCGUGCAAGGGGGGUUGAAAUAGGGAACAAAGACAUAAAGCUCGAAUACCUGGAGGAAGCGUUUACAACAUCUAACUGGAUAGUCCGUAUUUACAAAGUGAAACCACCUAAAAACAGGUGGUGAGAGCUCCAUACUCUCCUCAGUCGGUCUCUCUUUGGUCGUCAUUCCUUCUGCUUUUAUGGAGUAAAGUGAUCGUAGAUGGGAAACUAUUUGAAAGCAAAGGACAAAGGAGAGGCGCAAGUAAUAAUUAUAUAGGUCUUUGUCUUUUGAGUAUAGUGCUAGAUUGAGAUUGGGCUGACACUGCAACCUUCCAUGGAUCGUAUCUCUUCUUCGUAGUCUGGCUCUUUCAUGUUUUGGAUAAUUUGAGUUGCUCAGAAAGAUUUUGUAGCAGAUGUUCGAAUUUUUGAGGCUUGUUAAUUAUUCCGUACUCGCUGAGUAAAGCUUUCUAGGAUGCUCAAUC